CUUUUCUUCUCCCGAACCAGUACCCCUUACGCACAGAUCCCCUGUUGCUGAACCUAUGCAUCGGCCUUGCACUCCCACACCCAGCCUUGCACUCCUACGCCAACCCUGCUCUCUACGCACAAAUCCCGUGCCUUCUGCGCCCAGAUCGCCUGCACUCUGCGCCCAAAUCGGUUGCAAUCAUACCCCCUGCACACCGGCGAUCAUGCCCUUGCAAGCCUCCUACACCGCACCUCUUUUAUGCACCGUGCCCCUGCCCUUGCUGCCUGUGCCCCUGCUGCUACUGCAUUCUGCGCCCCAAUCCCGCGCCCUUGCCUCCUGCACGCUACAGCCAUGCCCCUUCCUCACCUACAGAAAAAAACAGCACAUAUCAGACAAAAUUGGCAUCAUCAGUGAUUGACGGAGCAAGGCUUUUUUUAUUUAUUUCAUUUUUAUUUUAUUUUAUCAUUUGGGUGUAUAUAUAGAGCAAAGCAGAGUAAGGGGCUCUUAGGUUGAUUUCGAAGAAAGAGGGGUUGUUUUUGUGUGCUUGUUGUUUGGUGUUUGUGUGUUGAGAACAUUGAUGAAAGGAAGAGCAUUGUGUUGGAGGCAUCACUGGAUUACUAGUGGGAGAUAAAGGUUUAGUUCUUUCGGUAAUUUUCUGAAACUGAGAAAUUUCAAGAAAGGGUGGUGAAGGUGAUGAACAGAGCUUGAUCCCGUGGGUGGGGUUCCUCUGUUUGAAAUUGGAUCUGCUGUCUUUUUUCUGGAAUUUUCACUUUCAGAUUUCUAUGUUUGUUGAUGUAUGAUGUUAUUUUAGUGAUUGAUACCGAGAUAUAUGGUAAUUGUUGAUGAAUGAAUGACAGAUUUUACU